AUGUGCAAUCUAUUCCUCCCUCUGUGUCCUUUCGUCCUGCACUCGAUCGCCACAGGACAGGGCCAAAGGCCGGCCAACGACGGGCCAGACGCAAAGAUUCUCUUCUCAUACCUCUCCAGAAACCCAUACAAGAACUCGUCAGAUCCGGAUCAAGCACAGUUGAAACCCUUGGCCCUCAAGACGGCGAAACUAUACAAGCGCACCAGCUGGCACACGUGCCCCUGCUUCUUCCAAACCGUCUCCGUUCUACACCCGUUGCCCGGCCCGAGCAAGCCCGUGUUUGGGUUUGCGUACAAAUACUGCGCGCGCUGUUCGGCUGCCGCCAGAGUCCUCCGGCCCAUGAGACUAGGUGGGAUCGGCGACCGAAGCUACAAGGGUGAUCAGUACUUCAACCGCUGCAUCUUCGCUGGCGUCCAGUGCAUAUUUGCGGAUUCCGUCAGCAGUCCUGACGUAUAUUCGAAUUUGACGCGAUGUCCGCCGUCAUCACAACCACCACCAUCAUUACACUCACAUCUCCACCCGGUCAGUCCGGCUCAAGGUAACAUGUCUGCUGAUGAUGAGGGUGAGGAGCAGAGAGGGCAAAGUCGGUACUCGUACUAUCGUCAUGUUGACACGGGGGAGGAUUCAGACGACGCCUACGAGGUCGACGGGAGCAAUCGUUCUACCACUACUCACCGUGAGACUAGUCUGAGACGACACAGGGAAUGGAUGGAGACGACCCCAGAGCCAGAGACCUCGGCGCAAGUAUCUCGGAGACGGACGUUUCAGUCAGGGCUAGAUGCCUAUCUAACCGAGACUUAUGGUCCUCGAGGAGGCAAAGACACUCGGAAGAAAUGA